GUCAUUGUCAGUCAUUUGCCGUCAACACACAACAGAGAGAGAGGAACACCACAUGCAUCAAUCAUUCGCACCAUCCCGUCACACAAAUGGGCCUGACCUGCUCAUAUAAAUAAAGACCUGACUGACGUGGACACAGCACCUGUCCGUCCGUCACACCUUCUGCUGUCUUUCUAUGAAGGGCAAAAACGUGUGUGUGGAUAAGACCUAUAUGCAGCCAUGCAGACUAUGCACCCAAGACACCCACCCACCUAAACCCUCUCCCUCCACCACCACCACACCACACAGGAAAAGGCUUGAGCUAUUCGCUCAGCCGUCUAAUUGAUGCCCAGCACGAACCGCCCCUUCUUGUCGAAAUACCCCAGCUGCGACCACUCAAACUCACAGUCGCCAUUUCCGAGCUGCUCCUUGAAGCCCUUGACCACCUGGCCCCCCAAACCGCACUGGCCCGCCUCGUCCAGCCGCGCCUUGUGCACCACCUCACGCAGACCGAUCAGCCGGUGCGACCCCCCGACCCCAUCGCCGACAGCAAAGCACUGCAGCGGGGGCACACGCACGGCCUGGCCGCUCUCGUCAUGUCUCACCCCGCCCACCACCUCCCUGUUGCUCGUGGCCACGGUGGUCGCCUGCUUGACGAAGUGCGCCAUGGCCCCGUGGACGCGCCCGCCGAAGGUGGUGUCGGCGCGGAGGUUGAUGCCGUCGAGGGCCUGCUGGAUGCUUCCUGUGUCGUUGUUGAAGGCAGCGAUCUUCCAGGCGAUCGCGGGAGCCUCCUGUGGGCCCAAUGAGAUGGCUGAUGGGGACGCUUGGGGAUGUCCGCCGUCGUGAUGGGGUGCGAGUGGAAGCAGAUGAGUGAGUAGGGCCGCAAGCUCACGGUGAGGGCGGAGGGCCGCGUUGACGGCGUCCAUGGUCUGCUUGGGGAUCUCACUGUUGAGGAGGAUCAUUAGCUGGCCCUUGGCGAGCGCUUUCUGCCGCCACUGGCCGAUGCUAUUGGUCGGCAGUUCCUCAAUCGCGGCCCCGGCCCGCAGCAGCUCUCGCGCAACGUGCAUGUAGGCGUGCACACCGUGCGGCGGAGUCAUCAUGAGACGUGGGUCGGCUCGGCAGGGGAAGGGCGGGAGAAAGCGGCCGCUGGUGAGCUCCAUGUCAAUCCUCUGCACCGCCACCUCUAGAGGCGUCACCUGAUUAAUGGAAGAAAUGAGUGUCUCGUGUGGCGUCGUGGUGGUGUGGUUUGGUUAUUGCGCACCGGUAUGGGUGUGCCGGCACGGUUGUGGAUCUCGCUGAGGGGCAGCUUGCGGCAGCAGUAGCUGAGGACGUUCAAGCAAGCCUGCAUGGCUGCGCGCUGGAUGAAGCCCACGUCCAGCACACAGCCGUGCUGCACCAUCUGAUCCAGAAACCUGGACACACACCACACCCACCACAGGGAACAUCAAAGACGAAUCAAAUCACCGAAUCGCCCAGCCCGCGCUCUCUCUCACCCAUCGACGAAGCGUGGCCCGAAGAACUUGAGCAUGUCCACGAGAAAGGCGGUCGUGGUCUCCGCCUCAGUGGCCAGAAUGGGGUCGUAGUCCAGCAGCCGAGUGAAAGCCUCGAGCAGGUUGGCAAGGAACUGGACCUUCGCCUCGGAUGUGUUCGCCCCCUUUCGGUGCUUGCCGAGCUCGAUGAGCCCCAGGUUGAUGAUGGCUAGGCCCCGCACUCCAACGCGACGCUGCAGCAACACAUCAACCGCCGCCAAAUUGGCGGAAACCAGCGCCAUAACAAUUGGACAGCGAUGCUGGGACGACCAACACACACACAGACAAACACACACAUACGGUAUCUGCACACCCUUUGACACCCUCCCAACCCCCCUUCCCCCCUCCCUCCCUCACCGUGGUGCCGUUGGUGCUGCCCAUCUGCACAAUAGGGGUGAGCGGGACGGCCUCGUCGAUGCGGUUGGGGUCGGCACGGCCGUCGGCGAUGAGUGCUUCGAGUAUGGCCGCCUGGGCCUCUCGUGACGGCCACAACGGGAGCAUGACCUCGGACACGCCGCGGUCGUUCCACACGGACGGCAUCUCCGGCAGGGCAUCGUCGAUGGCGAGCGACAGCAAAGUGACGCGGUAGGGGAAUGACUGGCCUGGGGCGCAAGUGACCUGACACCCACACAAACACAUACGCACAGAGAACCAUCCGUCUGCGUGUCCGCUGCCGGUGCGUGCCUUACCAU